UAACCGCGGUUGUCAUUGCUUAUACUCUAUAGUGAUUAUUUGGACGUAUAAAACAAUGUUAAUUUUCAAUGGACCCUACGUAGCUCAAUGUGGUUGAUGGAAUUUGUCUGCUACCAGCAUUUUGAUCGAUUAAGAGGAUUUUCCUUGUGUUAUUCUUAGAAAUCAAGUUGGUACAAGCAAAAGUCACGUUUGACAGUAAUGGCAUGAGAAACUGACCUGAACGUUUACUGUUAUUUCGAAUAAUAAAGCCUAUUUUCAGCUGACUGCAUCUAUACAUAGGAACUGCGAAUUGUUUUCAACCGGAAGAAGACCCGUGAGGUCAUGGGGGGCAAAGUCAGUAGCAAAAUGGCGACUGUUGGGCGGUUUGUACAGGUACGCUUGUCUAACUGGGUAAUUUAUCGCUCUGCAACAACUAUUGUCACUCAAGCUGUGAAACCUCAUGCUCCACUAAUCAAGUUUCCCAACAGAGAGGGGGUACCCAGGCCGAAUGUCCAAGAGGCUCUUAAAACAUUAGCAGUCAGCUCUCCUAGUCCACCUCCACUUGUAGUGCCGCUGCCGUUAUCAAGACCCCCUGGACCUCUCACUCGGCUCCCUGGAACCCCAGACAGCUUGGCCACAGUGAAGGAACUCCCCCAAAGAUACCGCAGGAGAGCACUGGAAGCAGAAGAGAUGGACUAUAUUCAGCGUGGUGGACCAGAGUGAACUUGAGUGACUCAGUGAAUGCAACCAAGGUGGAAAUCAGUUUCUUUGCCUAAUUUUGUUCUUCAACAAGAGGACCUGCUGCAACACCUCAUUACACAUCAUGCAGAAUAAAGAUUUUAUUCAUGUUGAAAUUGUAUAUAUAAAGUUUAUUUUUAAAGAUG